AUGGCCGCGGCACGCAACGGGGUGCUGCAGCUCGCGCUGUGUGCGCUAGCGAUUUACACGGCGUUUCUUGUGUGGGGUCUGCUUCAGGAGAAGAUCACGAGCACCGUGUACCAUACGGGCGACCCGCUCGAUGCGUUUCGUGUCGGCGAGCGCUUUGAGUACGGCGUGCUUCUCAACGGCGUGCAGGCGCUCUGUUCGUGUGUGAUGGCGAUGGCGUACCUGAUGUAUCGCCGGCGCGGCUCGACGGAGCGCGGUCUGUUGACGCGCCUGGGUCUCGAUGUGCUCACGCCGUCUGGGUGUGACCGGGCGCUCGUGGCUCGUGGGAAGAAGCAGGUGCCGGUGCGUGGCGUGCGUCGGUACGUGUCGCCGCUGCUCCUGCAGUACCUGCUGGUGUCGGCGCUGCAGUCCACGGCGUCGUGGCUGAGUAUUGUGGCGCUGCGUCACUUGUCGUUUCCUGCUAUUACGCUGGCCAAGUCGAGCAAGCUCGUGCCGGUGCUGGUCAUGAACGUGCUGCUGUACCGCCGCCACUUUGCCGCGUACAAGUAUGUGGUCGUCGCGCUUGUGACGCUGGGUGUGUGGAUGUUUAUGGCGCUCGGCUCCAAGACGAGUCCCGGCGGCGUGCGGGGCAACAGUGUGCUGGGCAUGGUGCUCUUGGCGAUUCAUCUGCUGCUGGACGGCACGACGAACAGCACGCAGGACGAGGUGUUUGCGACGUAUGGCUCGUACGUGUCUGGCACGCAGAUGAUGCUCGUGAUGAAUGCCGUGUCGGCGACGUACAUGCUCACGGCGCUGCUGGUGCCGGCGGGCGCCGUGUCCUAUCUCGUGGCGCAUGCGCGUCUGUACGUGGGCUCGCUACUGCAUCCUCACUGGGCUGCGCAGCUUCUGAUGGCCGGUCUGCAGGUGCCGACGCUGUCGCUCACGCCGCAGCUCGUGUCGGGCGUGCAGUUUCUCGUGCGGCAUCCCGACGCGGCGCGCGACGUGCUUGCGUACGCUAUGGCCGGCGCGGCGGGGCAAAUUGCGAUUUUCGAAACGCUCGAGCGCUUCGGCAGUCUGACGCUUGUGUCGAUUACGGUGACGCGCAAGCUGUUUACGAUGCUGCUCUCGAUUGCGGUGUACCAGCACCAGCUGCGGUCGCUGCAGUGGAUCGGUGUGGCGAUUGUGUUUGUGGGUCUCUUUAUCGAGAUGCGGGCCAAGCAGCGGCAGGCCAAGGCGAAGCAGUCGUAA